UGUGUCAUCUGUAGUGUUAAUCUAGUUACUUUCCUAUCUAUGUUCUCCCUUCAUAUUGUGAAAGUACUUCAUGGCGACAUAUUUAUAGGUGCCAAGUCCCUCCUGCUGGCUAGCCUCGCGCGGCCCCUCCCAUCAUGCUCUGUAUUCCCUUAAAUACCUACUGUUUUCUAUCAGUAACUCAAUCAUCGGCAAAUAGUGAACGAUCACGUAAACAUUGGUGAUAAUCUGUUUACAUUGCCAAUUAAUGGCGGACGUAACCGUGUCCAUGACUGUCUAGGGACAAAGCGUUGGUGCCACGGUAUCGAUUUAUGCACGGUUGCAUUUAUGUAUUUAAAGAUAUAUUUUUAAACUAUUUAUUAGUGACGAGAGAAUGGAUGAGUUAACAAAAAUGACAGCAUGCCAUGGGAAGACGUAGAUCCGAAUAUUCGUUAUAGUGGAACGUCAUGCAAUAUUAUGAUAAUGAUGACUCAAGUAGAAGUGACACAAUGGAUGACCAGGAAAGCUCAUUAAAAGAAGAGAAGGAAGAUGGGGAACUGGAGGAAGGAGAGUUGGAAGAGGACGAGGUGGAGGAGCCCUCACCUAGUAAGAGUUUUCAAGGGGACAUGGGCAUUGCUGACAAAAGAACUACAGCAGAAAGUGAUGCCCGCAUGCAGCUAGAAUCAGAUGCCAGAGAGGAAGGAAAGAAAGAAAGAAGAGAAAGCAGGGAAAGUAAGGAUGAAAAAAAGAGGAAACAUAGGGAUGAUGAUGAUGAAAAGAGAAAAAAGAAGAAAAAGAAAAAGAAACAUGCAAGCAGUGAAGGGGAGGAUGACGAUGGAACCAGCCCAAAGCUCCACCAGCAUAAGAUGAUAGUGCCAACAUUUGACAAGAAUAUGGAAUUUGAUGCAAUGCUGCAGCAAGAAAUGCUUCUGCGAGGUCGUUCACCUCCUCCAGGCAUGAUUCCUUAUGGUCCUCCUCCAGGGGCUUUUGGUGGCCCUCCUCACCCAAUGUUUCGUGGAAGACCAGUUUCAGAUUAUGAUUCGUAUGAGUCUGGAUCUGAUUCUGAGAUGCGAGAGCGGCAGGCACGACGUCCACGACGGCCCAACAGAAGGUUCAGAAGAUCUCGCUCCCGGUCCCGUUCUCCUUCUCGUAAGAAUGAAGCAAUUUGCAUGUAUUAUAUGCAAGGCAGCUGUCAAAGGGGGAAGGGAUGCCCUUAUUCACAUGACAUUCAGCCUCAGAGAAAAAUGGAGUUAUGUAAAUUUUACAUGAUGGACUGUUGUGCCAAGAAAGACAAAUGUCUGUAUAUGCACAAAGACUUCCCUUGCAAACAUUAUCACACUGGAGUCAAAUGCAAGUCAGCUGACAAGUGCAAGUUCAGUCAUGAUGCUCUCUCAGAUGCUUCUCGUUCAGUUUUACUCAAGCACAUAGAAUUGGCCCCUAAGGACAUUCUUGGGGACUUUCCUCGACUAACCAAAGAUGCUGCACAGCUUGUAGUAGCAAUUACUGAAGCCCAUCGUAAGGGAAACCCAAUGGAUGUAGAAACUAUACCUGGUAUUAUGGAUUUCAAGGGUAGAGGUUUUAAAUAUGUAGACAAGGCAAUAAAGAAUGUGCUGAAAAAACAAGAAGCAAGAAUGAAAAACAUGCCAAAGGACCAGCCUUACAUGGAGGAUAUGGGAGACAGGAGAUCUCCAGAGCAUCCUCACCACCACCCACACUCACAUCCACACUCACACCCACUCUCUCACCCACACCAACACUCACACCCACACUCACAUGGUCACCAGCACCAUCAACACCAACACUCACAUCCACAUCAACACCCACACCCACAUCCACAUUCACAUCCACAUCCACAUCAACAUCCCCAGCAACAGCAGCAGCAUCAUGGGGAAGGUGGCAUGACGCCUCCCCGGCAUACAUUUACACCACCUCUAAGUGAGGAAAGAGAAAGCAGUGAAUCACCCCAAAAGAAUCCUGGUACUAGUAACAAUACAGCUUCAAAUAUCUCAAAUAUGAGCAGUGGCCAGGGAGCACCCACAAGUAAUAGAAAGAGCUUCAUGACAGCUCGUAUGCCCCAAAAGCAGCGAGAACUCUUCCAGCGAAUUGAGCAGCAGCACUCUGUUCAGCAUGAACAGGAAGACACAGCCACAGAAGGUGCACUGGAUGAUACUCCACUUAAUCCUAAUAAUGUUAAUUGGUAUUCCAGUGAUGAAGAUGGUGAAACACCUUGCAGUACCAAAAUGCAAGGACAAGGAAUGAGUGUACACACAGGUGGGAACUCAUCCCCAAGCAGGACACCACCCUUGCCCUCUAUGAGUGGAAGCUCAAGCAGUUUUCCAGCCACAGAGAAACAAGGAAACAGUCCUGGAAGUUCCACUACGUCACAGAAAGGUGCCUUUGCUGGCAUUAACUUGGAUAACAUCAACAUCUCUUCUGAUCUGGCAAGUGUUUUGUCAGCUCUAAAGAAUCACAAUGCAUCUAGUAACAAUAGAAACAACAGUGAAGACUUUGGAAAAGAUCAAAGAAUGCUGUCCCCAAGAGGAAAGGAUCCCAGGGAUAUGUCUCGAGAUUCCAGGGAAGCAUCAAGAAGUUUUAGAAACACAGGCUUAGAUCAGGACGUGUCCAAGGUUUCAAGAGAAGGGAACAAGGCCAUGGUAGAUAUGUACAGGGAUCCCCGAGAUGUAAUUCAAAGUCCAAGGGAGAGUACUGACUACAGUCCUUGGCAGAGAGAUCAGUUGCCUAUUUCUGGGCUGCAAGAUCCUUGGGAAAACCCAAAAAUGGAUUCUUCCAAAGAUCAAGAUCAGCAAAGGAAUUUUCUUGAUAUAAGAGAAGGUUCUGAUAUGGAUCACGAUCAGCGACUUAGAAAAAAAGAUGUUGAUUUAAGAGUGAUUCCAGGAAUAGACAAUAGAAGUGAGAGUUCAAGUAUGAAAAGUGCACAGUAUGAUACUGACAUGAGAAUAUCUAGUGAAUCAUCAAUAUAUGAUGUAGACUUAAGACAGUUAAAUUUACCUAGUAGUUACCAGAGUUCUGAGGAAGAAAUUAAUUCAUUACCUUUUAAAGUACCAGUGCAUACUCCAGCCAAAGAAAUUUUUGCCUCCCUUUCAUCUCAUUCACCAAUGUAUUAUCAGCUUGUUAAAGUAACUAUUCCCAAACCAAAUUUCACCCACUUGAAAAUAAACAAAGAUGAUCCCAGAAUUAUGGAAGAUCCCAGAAUACGAAGGAUGUUGAAGAGCUCCACUGAAGAUAAUUCAAAUCGAAGUCCACGAGCACCUUCCAGAUAUGAGAUGGAUGUACCAGUGAGCCCACCACCACCUAAAGGAGAUGGGAAGUUUUCAGACUCUGAUAACAGAGACCCUAGAGUGAUUUCUCAAAGAGACCCAAGAAGUGAAAGCCGUUCGGACCCAAGAAGUGACGUAAGAGGAGAGCCAAGAGUAGAUCCAAGAAUGAGUGCCAGAGUUGACCCAAGAGUUAGUAACAGAGGUGAUCCCAGGGGUGAUGCUCGUGAUCCACGAGAACAGAUGGGUGACAUGAGAAACCAAGACAUGAGAAUGAGUGGAAUGUAUGGAGGGAACAAUGGAGCAAUGAUGGAUGGAGGAAUGCAGUACAUGAACAUGGGGCCUGGGUCUGGACCUGGGCCUGGGCCUGGGCCUGGGCCUGGGCCUGGACCUGGGCCUGGGCCGGGGCCUGGACCUGGGCCUGGUCCCAUGGGUCCCAUGAUGCCUCAAAAUAACAUGAAUCCUAGAGACAAGCCAGGUCUACUUGGACCUGCCCCAAUGGCAUUCUCCUCAGGUUAUCCUCACAAUAUGGGACCAAGGGUGCCACCUUUCAUGAUGAAUUCUGGUCCUGGUCCUGGUCCCGGUCCUGGUCCUGGUCCAGGUCCAGGUCCAGGUCCAAACAGUGGUUACUAUUCAGACGAGGGUGAAAUGAUGGGAAGUGGAGGAUAUCCUCCUCAGGGAGGCCCAGGAUGGGGUGGACACAUGCCAGGGAAUGAUCCAAGAUUGAACCGUGAAAUGGGAGAGGGAAGCAGGUCUUAUACUCCACCCUCAGUGUCUUAAACUGUUUGAUGCUUGUAAUCGUGAAAGCAAUCCAUUUCAAUGGAUAAUUAAGUGUAGCCCAUGGUUACUGUUCCCUAUGUGUUUCAGAUCUCAUCACUGUGUGAAUAUUUGAAAGGAUAUUUACAUAUAUAUAUAUAUAUAUAUAUAUAUAUAUAUA